AUGGAGAAUGAUGGCAAAGAGUCGUAUAAGGAUGGUGAUCAAUCUGAGGAUUUAAGUGUUGAGUAUGAGUGCAGUUCUGAUGAAAGUGAUGAUAUAGUGGAUGUAACUGUAGACGUUGGGAUUUUUGCCAAUAAAGAAUUUCAUAAAAACAGAGAAAGACAUUGGAAGCACCUUAAAAGGGACAAUCGGCAAAGGGAGCAUAGGGCAAUUACUCGUGUCAACUGCAGGGCGAGGAUUCGGUUCAUUCGUCACUAUAGAACAGGUAAAUGGAAAGUUAGUGUCUUUGAGAGUGAACACAAUCAUCCACUGUGUCCACCUAAGUACAGACAUCUUAUUGUCGUGAAUCAUGGGCUUGAUGAGGCUGAUAAAACACAAGCAGACAGCUUGCGAGCAUUUGGUGUUAAAACUUGCCACAUAAUAGGUUACAUGGGUUUUCAAAAAGGCGGAUAUGAUAAAGUGGAUUUUACCAGCAAAGACUUACAUAACCACAUUAGUAAGACUAGGCGUGGCAAAGUGAAAGAUGGUUAUGCAUUUGCUGUGUUGGCCUAUUUGUUUUCUAAGGCAUAUAGUGACCCGUUAUUUCUAGGAAAGUUCACCUUAAAGGAUGGUAGGUUGGAUAAUUUGGUGUGGGCUGAUAGAGAAAGCGUUGUUGAUUACGAAUGUUUUGGCAAUGUACUGGCUUUUGACACUACUUACAAGAAAAAUGUCUACAACAAGCCCUUAGUCAUAUUUUCAGAGACCAACCACCAUUUCCAGACAACUAUCUUUGGAUGCGCUUUGCUCUCAGAUGAAAGGUCUGAAACUUUCAAGUGGGCACUGAAGGAAUUUUCAGAAAUCAUGUCAGGAAAACUAUCCAGAGACAUUAUGACAGACGGAGACCGUGCUAUGAGAGAGAGAUGGAACAAGAUCAUAUCCAAAUACGUACUUGCCGAGAAUGAAUGGGUCCAGGGCAUUUAUAAUGACAGAAUGAAGUGGGCUACCGCAUAUUUGAGGGAGCACUUCUUUGGCCGCAUAAGAACUAUAUCACAGUGUGAGGGAAUUUAUUCAUUAUUGAAGAACUAUGUUGACAGUAAAACCAAUCUCCUUGAAUUCAUGCAUAAAUUUAGUGAAGUACUGAGGCAUUAUCAAAACAACCAUCUUACUGCUGACUUUGAAACCUUUUAUAAGUUUCCUGUUUUGACUACGUGCUUGGAAAGUUUUGAGAAACAAGCUGCUGAACUUUAUACUAGAAAUAUUUUUAAACUUGUGAAAGAUGAGAUAGAUGCAGCAGGUGCCUUAAAUGUGACUGAAUGCCCAAAUAGUAGAGACAUUAUUGAGUACAAUACGAGUGAGUAUUUUAAUCAGCAAUGGCAAUUUAAAGUAUCUUACAAUAAAGACAAGGACCUGUUUGCGGAUGAAUGCAGGCUAUUUGAGACUCGUAGAUUACCGUGCUCCCACAUCUUUGGGGUCUUGAAGCAUCGCAAUGCAAAAUGCGUCCCUACAUCUCUUAUCCUGAAAAGAUAG